CCCGUUGUUAAACAGUUCACAUGACAUUCAUAGCUAGUAAUUUCGAGAGUCUUCUUGUUGGGACCGUUCUUUCAACUUAGGACCAUCGUUGCAGAGAGAAUAACAUGGGAGAUACGCUGCGCCUAGCAGUAGGAGUCAUGGGGAAUGCAGCUUCCAUGUUGCUUUUUUCAGCACCUAUAUUAACUUUCUAUAGGAUCAUAAGGAAGAAAAGCACUGAAGAGUUCUCAUGUGUUCCUUACAUCAUUGCACUGCUAAACUGUCUCCUUUACACUUGGUAUGGGUUGCCUGUCGUAAGCUACAGAUGGGAAAACUUCCCUGUGGUCACCAUCAAUGGUUUAGGGAUUCUUCUCGAGUUUUCCUUCAUUUUCAUAUAUUUUUGGUUCACUUCAGCCAGAGGAAAGAUAAAGGUUGCAAUCACAGUGAUACCUGUUAUCCUAGUUUUCUGCAUCACGGCAGCUAUCUCAGCUUUUGCUUUACAUGAUCACCACCAUCGCAAGAUAUUUGUUGGGAGUGUUGCUCUUGUGGCCUCUGUGGCAAUGUAUGGUUCUCCGCUAGUGGUUGUGAAAAAGGUGAUAAUGACACAGAGCGUAGAAUACAUGCCAUUCUACCUAUCGUUUUUCUCCUUCCUGGCAAGUUCUUUUUGGAUGGCCUAUGGACUACUGAGCCAUGAUCUCUUUCUCGCGGCCCCAAAUCUUGUUGGUAGCCCCUUGGGAUUUCUUCAACUAAUACUGUACUGCAAGUACAGAAAAACAGGGAUCAUGGAAGAACCAGAAAAAUGGGAUCUAGAAAGGAAUGAAGAGAAAUCCAAACAGUUGCAGCUAGUGAUUAAUGACAGUACUAAUGACAAGAGUUAACAAAAUCACGGUAAUCUAUAUUUCACUGUGAUCAAUUUUCCUGAACUUCAGAGAGGCAGUAAGCAGCUGAAGUUUCGAAGAGGAGCUCUUGUAGUGACGGAUGUUUAUGAUUAUAUAAAAUUAACUAAUGUUGUCAAAUCAAUAAAAUAUUACCAUGAAAUUAAAAACUUAAAAUGAAGGAUGGUAGCUUCUCAUGUCAAGCCUAAAUGUAUCUGAUGUACCACUAUAAUCAACUGUUAUUUUCCCCAAA